UUAAAGUGGAUCCAGUCUCCAAGCGUGACCCAUCGCGAACGGACAAACGACAAAUUGAGUGCGCCCAGUUAAGCUAGUUUGCAAACGGUAUUCGGCGAUUAAGUUCUGCAAGUUGUGCCUAGGCCAAUCAUUGUUGUGUCUAGCAAGGCAGUUUUUUCCAAGCAGAAACCACCAACAAAGCUCAGCGUUUUAAGCUGCUACCAAAACAGAUCGAGGUUGAUGUGCCAAAUAUGUGCCAGUAGUACUACUUACAUUGGUUGCAGUAGGAAUACAGCGAGAGAGCUAUUAUUGCUUCUUUCUCUUUGAUUCACGGGUUCCUUCCUGAAAUCGAAAUCUUUUGAUUGAGUGAACCUACUACGCAAGACUUGAUAAGUUCAGUUCAACGCGCUGGUGGUCAUCGAGUCACGCGUAGUCAACUAUACGGAAGGUGACGGUCAGCGUAGUCUGCAAAACAAACAGCAAAAGUGAAUUCAAGAAGCGAACUCAAUCGCUUUCCCUUGUUGGCGGGCCUAACCUUUUCUCCAUUUCACUCACGGUGCUACGGUGUCCAAUAGUGUACCCAAGUCUAGUGUGCUAAAAUAGAAAGAGGAAAAAGAUUAGUGUGGAAAAUACCAAGUUUCAAUUGUUGGCACGCGUUGCUGCAUUCGUUUGCAAGUGAUUGUGGUGUGGUGGUAAAAACGAAGACACAACCCAAAGGGAACGCGUCAAAAAAGUUUGAAUUUCAUUCAAUCGGUUGUAAACAAUGAUGGCCCCAGUAGGUGGAAAUACCGGUGACCCUAGGGAGGGUGCAAUAGCGGUCAUUUCCACUGGCGCUGUUGCAGCAGUGGGACCUCAGCAACCGGUAUCCGUUCCGGUAGAGGUGGACAAACGUCGAAUCAAUCGAAUGUUUAGCUGGACUGCAGAUUCACCCGUUGUCACAGGGAGUGAGACGAGUGUAGCGACGAUUGACGAUGGAGGGACGAUGUGGGCCAGGCAACAGCAUGCCGUAUCCGUGCGGCAUGCAUUCAAACAGUACGGGACGAAGAAGAAACCAAAUCAAGUUCUAUCAAACCUAAACAUGACAGUAGCCAAAGGAACAAUAUAUGGACUUUUAGGAGCAUCCGGUUGCGGCAAAACGACACUCUUAUCAUGUAUAGUCGGACGAAAACGACUCAACUCAGGGGAAAUAUGGGUGCUCGGCGGCAAGCCAGGAACGAAAGGGUCUGGAGUACCAGGAAAACGAGUAGGAUACAUGCCACAGGAGAUAGCGUUAUACGGCGAAUUCUCCAUCCGGGAAACGAUGAUGUACUUCGGAUGGAUCUUCGGCAUGCAGACGUCAGAAAUCAAAGAGCGAUUACAGUUUCUGCUCAACUUCCUGGACCUGCCGUCCGAAUCACGACUGGUGAAGAAUUUGAGUGGUGGCCAGCAGCGACGAGUUUCGUUUGCCGUAGCUCUGAUGCACGACCCGGAGCUGCUGAUUCUGGACGAGCCAACCGUCGGCGUCGAUCCAUUACUUAGGCAAAGUAUAUGGAAUCAUCUAGUUCACAUUACCAAGGCCGGUCAGAAGACAGUUAUCAUCACAACACAUUACAUCGAAGAAGCGCGACAAGCGCAUACGAUUGGUCUGAUGCGAUCUGGACGACUGUUAGCAGAAGAAUCACCCGCCUGCCUACUUUCGAUGUACCGGUGCAGCAGUCUGGAAGACGUGUUUCUGAAGUUGUCUCGCAAGCAAGGACAACAGAAUGCCGCCCCUGCUGAACUAAAUAUAAGCAAUAACAUCUCGCUGUCCGCGCUAGCGUUCGGCAAGGCCAAGGAUAAUCCAGUCUACGUGAGUCAGGAGAGCGGUGUCGUGGGGUUAAACUUCCAUCAAAGCAAAGAAGUACUCAUUACGGAUAGCAAUGGAUCGGCGUAUGGCAUCAACGGAAUUAACGGAGCAGCACCGGGAGCAAUCAGUCAAGCGGUGGAAUGUGACGAUUGCGGGGAAUGUUCAGAUUGCUUUAACCUUACAACUAAGGGCAAGAUGCGAGCGCUGUUGACGAAAAACUUCCUCAAGGUGUGGCGAAACGUCGGUAUAAUGCUGUUCAUCUUUGCGCUACCAGUGAUGCAAGUUAUUUUAUUCUGUCUGGCAAUUGGACGAGAUCCGACAAACCUUCGAAUGGCUAUCGUUAACCAGGAAAUGAACACCACCAAUGGAGAUUGUAUUUUCGAUGCCGGUUGCAGCUUUACCAACCUUUCUUGCCGAUACAUGAGUCAUCUCAACACGACGAUAGUUAAAAACUAUUACCCGGAUCUGGACUCAGCUCUAGGGGCGGUACGGGAUGGUCAUGCUUGGGGCGCACUCUACUUCACGGAUAACUUCACCGAUGCAUUAGUAGCAAGAAUUGCGUUGGGUCGUGACGCUGACGAUGAGACACUGGAUCAAUCGGAAAUCCGAGUUUGGCUUGAUAUGUCCAACCAACAGAUUGGAAUCAUGUUGAAUCGAGAUUUGCAAGUUGCCUACCGGGAGUUUGCACAGGAAUUAUUGCGCGUCUGUGACAACAAUCCAAAACUAGGAGAUGUCCCAAUUCAGUUCAAGGACCCCAUUUACGGGACCAAUGAUCCGUCCUUCACAGAUUUCGUGGCACCGGGUGUUAUCUUGACGAUUGUAUUCUUCUUGGCCGUGGCCUUAACAUCAUCUGCGCUGAUUAUUGAGAGGACUGAAGGAUUGUUGGAUCGCUCGUGGGUAGCAGGAGUCACACCAUUCGAAGUCUUGUUCUCGCAUGUCGUAACACAGUUUAUUGUCAUGUGCGGGCAAACAGCUCUUGUAUUGAUAUUUAUGAUUGCUGUCUUUGGAGUUACAAACAACGGAGAAAUCGUGUGGAUCGUUAUGCUCACUAUUCUACAAGGCCUGUGUGGUAUGUGCUUCGGAUUCGUGAUUUCUGCCAUCUGCGAACUGGAGAGAAACGCCAUUCAGUUGGCGUUAGGAUCUUUCUAUCCCACGUUGCUGCUGUCUGGAGUCAUUUGGCCAAUCGAAGGCAUGCCAUUGGUGCUACGAUAUGUAUCUCUGUGUCUGCCAUUAACACUAGCAACAUCAUCGCUGCGAUCUAUCCUGACCCGUGGCUGGAGCAUAUUGGACGAAGAUGUAUAUCUAGGAUUCGCGUCCACAAUUGCUUGGAUUGUGAUCUUCUUGGUGAUAACACUGGUCGUACUUAAGUUUAAACGAGGCUAGGGUUUAUUUGUUAAGGCUGUAUGCUUAAAGAUCAAUAAUUUGUAUGAGAGCGCAUGCACACAUGUACACAUAUACCAAAUUUAUGUACAUUAAUUCUAAUGUAAUGCAUCGAUUAGCGAUACAUUACAUUCAUUCUGCAUGUCGUACCGGGCCGAACUUAACAUCACUUUUGGAAUCUAGUCCACUUGUCAUGCAGAUAUUUGAUGAGGAAGAGCUUUUGUGAAUAAAAUCAAGUCAUCGGCUCGGAUUGUAUAUAAAACCACAAUUGACUGUUCAUUAUUUCCACAAGUAAAAAAUAUUUACAUCUUUGAUACCAAUAGUAAGGAACAAAAUAGCUAACGGUGUUUCUGGUUGAAACUGUGAAUAUAUAAGUGUCUUUGAAUUAUUUGAACCAUACUUCACAAUAUGGAGUGUGUGGUGUGUUUAAUCUUCAGUGCAUAAGUGAAAAUUCAAAAAUCCUUCGUACUUUGAAAAAUCAUUUGUUAUAUUUAAGGAGAGGGUAUUUUAUUUUAUUGAAACACCCUUAUACCGGAAUAGAACAUUUUUUUAUGCAUGGUAAACCAGAAAUACUACCGUAGUAUUAUUUAUCAUACUUCAUCGAAUGCUCUUCAAAAUAGACAGUAUGUUACCGGAAAUGUCUUUUAACUUUAUUAUACGAUACCAUCAAUUCUCUCUGUAUAUACAAGAUAACCUUUACAUAAUGAUUGAAUUCUUUCAUCUUAGUUAUUAUAAGAUAACAUUGAAUUUGCUCAACUUUUGUUUUAGUUUUAACUGUUACAAAACUGAAUAUUUCACACAAUUUUAUCGACAGAAACUUGCGUAUAGCAAAUAAAUGCAGCUGGGUUACCAUGAUGAUUCCAAAGUAACAUUAUUCGCCAAAUUACCCUGAUAAAGGUUUUCGAUUUGUUUUAAUUUCAGUUAACCAUAUUUCGGCAAAACUUGCCAUUGCUCAAUAUGUCAUCAAACAUCGUUUGAACGUACUAGCAAUAUGUAUGUUUUAGAAAAUUUUGAUUAAACUAUGUUAUUUUUAUAGAAACCUGGAAAACUCAUGAAGCUAUUUUAUACGCUAAACAUGAUUUUAUCGUUUCUGUUGUUUUUUUUUUUUUAAUUUUCUUAUCAAAUUGUUUCCAAUCCACAGUCAUGAUAGUGACUUUAGGUAAAACUAGACACUUCUGGGGCUAGUUUGGGUGAUUCUCGUCGUUUUCAUAAGGUUGAUGACUUUAGACAGAUUGAAUCCCAACUUCAAUAUUGUACCGAAACAUUACGUAAAUGCACAGGGCUUUUGAGUUAUAUGUGGAACAUUUAAAAAGAAACGAGAAAACUCUACUAUCACUUAGCGUGGGAGGUCUGUAUUACAUUAUAGGGUUGUUCAAUGAGAGCUUAAAACAGAAUAUUCGACAUCUCUAUUCCCAUAUGCAGAAGCAAGAGAUCAGUUUGUAAAAAACAUCGUCGCUUAGUUAAUUUGUUUUAUCUUUUAUGUGUGACCUCUAGGAAAAGCAAUACGAAAUUAAAACAAUAUUUUUAUUUUCAAAAAUACCUUAUAAAAAUCCAAGCACGUAUCAAUUUUUGGUACACUUGCAAAACUAGCGACAAAAAGUUAUCAAUUUUCCAAAAUUAUGUCGACCGAUACAAAUUUUUUUUCGACUUUCUGUCACUCUGACUGGUCGUGGGUAGGGGGCAAUAAAAAUAAAUAAUGAUUGUGAAAAAUUGUAUGCAACUGAUACUGGCCACCAUCAGCAUUUGGUGACUACAAAACGGUGCAAAAUUUGUGCAAUACCUGAAGAAGGAAAGAGUAGCCUCAAAGUCGAAAUCAAAUCUGUAUCAGUUUUAUUGUUUUAAUUUGUUGAUAAAUUUAUCAUGUGGAAACAUUAAAAUGAUUAACAUUUUAUGCAAAUCUGAAAGAAUUAAUGUGUCUUUUAUUUUUAAAAUGAGCAUGCGAUUCAAUUUUAUUACUCAACUUGAU